AUGAGAGGAUGGCGAUGGAGAGAUGCCACUUUGAAAUGGCGGUGCGAGUCGAACACAUGUGUGGCUCAGCGUGCACUCUUCGGCAAAAGCCGUUCGCUGUUGCCUGCUGCUCUUCCGAAAUUUCUUCGAUUUCGCCCUUCUCGUAACAUCACAUUUUCAUUAAAAGAGAGUGUUACACCUUGGUAUCACACAGAAGAACUUAAACGGAACAUGAAUGAACCGCAGCCAAGCAGAGCGACGCUACGUAACCUUGCGUCUGACCAGAAGAAAACAGAAUUUGGCCGCAACACGAACCUAAAAAGUCAGAUCCUCUUUUGUCAAAGAGUGCUCGGAUCACCCGAAUCAACAUGGCGACCUCGGUACCAGUGCAGCGUGGCUGUCGGGCGCAAGAGUCUCGUUGCCAAAGGUUUCGCAGACAUGCACGGAGCGAAGAGAGUGUCGAUGUGUGUGACGAAGAUCUCAACUUCGGCUAGGCGUACCGUAGUCACAGUAAUGUGGACCCUGACCGUGUUUAGUUUCGGGGGCUCCGAGCAGCUUCAGUCCGCUUACUUUGCACCACAAAAUGCAUCUCCUCCGCGUAGAGCAUCCUUGGGGAAUGUUGUACCUGCGGGCAGCGCCAACGAGAUGCUCCGAGCUGCUUCCGCCAUGGUCGCACAGGCCAGCUCAGGAGCAGAGGGCCUCCACGCCGUCAGUUCGGCGCUCCUCCAUCAAGCGAAAGCACAGGCUUCCGCUGCUGCCCUCUCUUCCCAAGAUGGCGACGCUGCCAGUACCAUGCAUCCCCAGUCCACCUCGAUGACCCGCAACCUGUCCGAUUCGGCCAACUACUCAGCCGCUAUGAGUGCCCACAUCGCCUCCGCUCUCGAGACACAAAUGACCAGGCCCCAGCCUGCUUCCGAGCCUCCAAGUUCAGAUGCUCCCAUCAGUACAGCCAGCGAUCCGCGAGCGUCGUUGCCAGGUCCUUCCAACCCAGAGUUGCAGAUGAGCCGUAUCGCUGCUCAAGCCGCGGCGCGCGAAGCGCAGACUCAGUGGCGUACUCAGUUGGCCUUGCGCCGAUCCUCUUUGCAGACAGAUGCCACAACGGCAGAGGCAUCGAAAGCUGGCGCUUCUACCACCUCGACUUCGGUAGCGUAUUCGAACUCCUCUACGGAUGCUGCCUCCUCAACUUCUCGACCGCUAUCGGUACCUGCAGAGACUCACGAAGAGUACGAAGGAAGAGCAAAGGAUGGCGCAGACACGUCAGAUAUGUCGGUGACAGAGUACCUCUGCUUCCUCGGUCUCAGUCACAUUGAGAUGCCUUCGCAAGGCAUCGAGCAAUCCUUUGGUCGUCAAAGAAGCCCCGACUCUCGCUACUGGGAUGCUACAAAUCCGCACAUGGGCUUCAGUCUCUCUGGCGUUCCAAGCAUGCCUCUAAUGCCGAACCCGCCAUUGCAGAUGCUCCCGCCUCCAGCCUCACCUUCGUUCCGCAGAAAGCAGUCGCGAGGCUACCCUUGGAACCGCCAUCGAUCCAGCGCCUCGGUCAGCUCUGCCAGCUCCGGUGACGCAAGCAAUGACUUCGAGCCAAACGUCAUGUCGCCGUUUCCCUACCCGUUUCAGGUGGUGCAGACUCCAGGAGGCACCGCCAGAGCGGGAUGGUGGGUGCCCGUUUCCGAAGUGCCUCCCGAAAAGAGAGCAGAGGCUGUCAAGGUAGGUGAUGAGCCGAUCACCGCCUCUACACUCAGUUUCGACAGUGUCACAAAGCUAGCAUCUGUUCCGGAGGACCGCACAGCACCAGGGCCAAGGCUCGAUUACGAUCACGAAGCGGAGCAUCUCUUCCAACCCACCUACCGCGACUUUACCAAGGAUGAGUACUCGACUUUGGCCACCGCCGCCGCAUACGCAACCGCGGCACUCACCAGCAUCGCUUCAACCCCAGGUGGUUCGAACCAAUCCAACUCAUUGAGGCCGCUCACGGCUUCGGAGCAGGAGACCAUCGCUCAUCAGCUAAGGGCCUGGGCAGGUCUCGACGGACCGCAUGCUCAAGCUGAGGCCCGAAAGGCGCUCGAACAGCGUCAGAUGCACCUCAUUCACCAAGCGAUCCGCAAAGAUGCGUCGACUGCAUACAGCACCGAACAUGAUCAACACAGCUCACCCGAGAAGAUGGAUCAACUCGUCGGGUCUGAGCAAGCGACCCGCUUCUUCCCACCAGACUUUGCGAGUCACUAUCGCACCCAGUUACAAGCUCUCGCCGAGGGCUACUACACUCGACUCCACAACGAGAAUCUAGCUCAAGCGCACUUUGCGCAACCUUCGGACAAGCAGCUCCGUGUGGAUAAUUUGUCCAAUCAAAAGGAGGCUGCAUCGACCAGAGAUGCACACAAGACAUCCGCAGUCGAGACCGCCCAGCUGCCAAGCAGUGAUAUCGAAGCCCUCAGCUCCAUGCAGCCUCCUGUCCAUACGCCGACCCUACGCGAAGGUGCACGCGAUCCCGUCGAGCUUCUAAGCGCCGCUUCCACCGCUGCAGGGCAGGAGGUGUCUUCUCCCGAAGUGCGCGAUCAGCUGCUUCAGUACGCCCACACUCUCUACACGCAAGGCAACCCGCAAGCCGAUGCUACAGCAAAAGGCGUUGACAAGCUGCACCCGACACUGUUGCCGCUUCUGCAUACACUCCACAAACUCCAUCCGACGCACCUUCCCAUCUUGUUGCUGCUGUCGUGCGCCUACUAUGCCGCUCACAAUUACGCCGGCUCCCUCUGGUAUAACAACCUCAUCCUUCGCAUCGAUCCCAACUACGUCGAGAGCAUGAGCAACAUCGGAACCACGCUACGAGCUUUGGGACGGUACCAGGAAGCAGAGAGCUGGUGGUGGAGGGCGGUUCGCCUUAGACCCGGCUAUUGGGACGCCUACGAGAAUCUCUUGGGGGUCAUGUGUUCCGCCACCCCACAACCGGCGGCGAACAAGCCUGCCACCGGCGAAGAGACGACAGAGACGCCGCCGUCACAACCGCGUUUCAAAGAGGCGCUUCAGUUGUGUGAGCACGUGGAGACUCAUGUCGUAGGACAGCAGAGCGCACCUGGCAUACCGACGAUGCCUCUGUAUCUACCGCCCAAUCUGCCUUUGACGCAGACACCUCGACUUCAGAACCUCUUCUACGCCAAGGGCAACCUCAAGUUUGUUCUGCCCGAGCUUGGGGCGGUGCCGGCUGCUGCAGAGUACCAGAAGGCGGUCGAAGUGGUGCUGUCCCUCGACUCUUCGGCCCGCUACGGUCUUCGCGACCUGGUCGUAGCCACAUGUGCCGUCGGUCUGCUCUCCAUGGGUGCCAUGCUACCCGGAACAGCUGCUGCGGCUGCGGCUGUUGAGGUCGCGGUGGCGCUGGGCAUCAAUCCGACCAACCCAGAACAUGCUGCCCUCCUGGCAAGCGGCGCUUUCCAUCGCUUCUGCCCGGGAGGUAUUCUCGCCUUGGUAAAGCUUUCCGGACAUGGUGUGGUCAGCACGCUGCUGCGUCUCGGCAACGGUCAGCUUCCGAUGCUACUGCUUCUGCCCGAGGCUGCUAUGCAGCUGUGUAAGGUCAUGUUUGCAGAGACCGGUGGCAUCUUGCCUGCACUGACCCGAUCGUCGCACGGCGUCAAGACGCAAAACGCAGCAACGCUGCAGCAGGCGCAGAAGCAAGCUGGGCAGACCACUUCGACCAUCCUCUUGACCCUCGCCAAGCUUUUCCAGGAUGCUACAGCGAGCCCAAUCGCUGGGCCCCACGGUCCAUUGACGCUCGGCGGCAUCCCGCCUUCCACUUCGUUGCUUCUGCCGCUCUACUAUCUAUCCAUCUCGAUGCACGCGUCAGCUUCGACGUGUAACAAUCUCGGCAUCCUACUUUCGUCCAUUCCCGUCGUGACCACGGUCAUCAAUUCGGUGGGUCAACCGCAACAGAUGAACGGGCAGGCGCUGGCGAUGCAGUACUACACGCAGGGGCUUCAGCUCGACUCUAGGCAUCCCCACAUCUACACGAAUCUUGGGUCGCUGCUGAAGGAUCUUGGCCACCUCAAUGAGGCGAUCAAGAUGUAUCAGAAGGCUGUCGAGUGCAACCCGAACUUUGACGUGGCACUCGCCAAUCUGGGCAAUGCCAUCAAGGACCAGGGCCGCACACAGGACUCGGUCGCCUACUACCGCCGUGCAGUGCAGGUCAAUCCGCACUUUCCCGAAGCACUGUGCGGUCUCGUCAACGCGUUGCUCGCUGUGUGCGACUGGAACGAAGUGUACACAGACAAGCAGGCAACGACACCGACACAGGAGAGCAGUGGCAGUCGCACUAUCGGAAAGGCUACGUCGACUGCCGAUGCUGCUGGCUGGAUGGUCGACGUUUCGGAGCUGGUUACGAAACAGCUUCGUGAUGCUUGCCACUACGGUGCAGGUGCAUUCCAGACAGCCGGACAGAUCCAAGAGUGGGUCAGAGCCAUCGUUGAGGCGAUGGGAGACACUCGCCCCGCUGCUCCGCAGAUUUGGACGCAGCGUCUACUGCCUUUCUACCAGCCUGGCUUCGACAGGAUUGCCAACCAAGUCUGUGAAGGCGGCUACCUCAUUCAGCUCGUCGAGAGGAUGAUCCGACGAUCGCAACGAAGAUGGUACGUCGACGCGUAUGGCGCAGGUGUGCUUCAAGCAAUUAGGGAACUUCCGAGGGUGACAGCGGCAGGGACGCAGCGCUCGAGCUACGCGCGCCCGAAGCUGCCUUCCUGUCUGGUCACUCCUGCGGUACCGACUGUGCUGCCCUUCCAUACGUUCACCUAUCCUCUGUCUCCCCGUCAAAUCAGGCUCAUCUGUCACCGAAAUGCACUUCGCAUCUCUCAAAGCACCUUGACGCAGAUGUGGGUGCCCGAUGUGGUGUAUCCGCCGCCCUCGCCGCCCGCACCCAAGAUCAACAUCGGAUAUGUCUCCUCGGACUUCAAUAAUCAUCCACUGGCACACCUGAUGCAGUCGGUCUUUGGCUUUCACGACCUGUCGCGCUUCAACGUCUUUCUGUACGCUACGACGCCUUCCGAUGGAAGCCCCUAUCGACAGAAGAUCGAGCGCGAGGCUCAGCACUUCUUGGACGUGUCGGCCUGGUCGAAUCAACACGUGGUCGAGCGCAUCGUGAUGGACAACAUCCACGUGCUCAUGAACCUCAACGGCUAUACUAAGGGCGCACGCAACGAGAUUUUCGCUGCUAGGCCUUGUCCUGUGCAGAUGGAGUUCAUGGGUUUUGCUGGUAGCAUGGCCUCGCGCUGGACCGACUGGGUGGUGGCAGACCCUAUCGUAUGCCCUCCGGAGAUGACGAGCGUCGACAGGUGGCGCCAGCAGAGGCAGUCGGCAGCUGCUAAAGGAUUGGUAGCUCAGCAACGCGCGACCGAUCUGAUGGCAGACUUGGAUCCGGAAGAGGCGUCUGACGAGUGGGUGUACCCAGAUCGAUUUAUCUACAUGCCUCAUUCGUACUUUGUCAACGAUCACAAGCAGGGCUUCAACGAGACCGUCUCUGCAGAGACGAUCAAGCUCGCAACCAAAAGCAUCGACAGUGGCAAGCAGCCGGCCGCCAUCUCGGAGGAUUCUCCCACGAACGAGCAAGUAUGGGCAAGUGAAGAGUUGAAGCGCUACGCCAUGCGGCGUGAACUCUUUCCCACGCUUCCGGAUGACUAUGUCAUCUUUGCCGACUUUAACCAGCUCUACAAAUGCGAUCCGAUGCUGUUCAAGCUCUGGCUUCGCAUACUCAAGCGCGUGCCGAAAUCCAUCCUGUGGCUCUUGCGCUUCCCCGCAGCUGGCGAGCACCACCUGCUGCGGGAAGCGAGACAGUGUGCGGGCGAUGAGGUGGCUUCGCGUGUCAUCUUUACAGAUGUUGCGCCCAAGCACAUCCACAUCCAUCGCGGAAGGAUCGCUGAUCUGUUCCUGGACACCACCGAGUGCAAUGCGCACACCACGGCGGCGGACAUCUUGUGGUCGGCGACGCCGGUGUUGACGUGGCCGAGGCAUCUGCACAAGAUGUGCUCCAGGGUCGCGGCGUCGAUUGUUCAUGCGACUGGGUUUGGAGAGGAGAUGACCGUGGGAAGCGAGGAGGAGUAUGAAGAGAGGGCGGUGCAGUUGGCUGAGUCGCUGGAGUACGUGUAUUACGAUGAGAGGGGGAAUGAGGUCGACGCGGUGGUGGAUACGAGCAAGGAGAGGUGGGCGAGUCAAUUGGAGGCGGAUCCCAAGAGUGUCGCUGCUCAGCCGCAUAGCACUGGAGUGGUGAGUACGGCGGCUGCAGCUGCGGAGGGAUCGAAGACUUCGGAGCAGGACGGUGCUUCUGCGAAGGGCAGUGGUGCUUCUGCAGCGUCGUUGAGUGGAAAAGAUGCUCCGGGCGGAACCAAAGACAUUGAACAUGCGUCAGGAUCUGAAGGAUCAGCAGCCAAACGAGCGCGAUCCGCAUCUGUGCUACCCGGCUCACCCGCCCCCGCACCCACGGGCGUCUCGCAGGCCGAGGCAGCCAAACACUCGGACGCCAACGCCUCGACCGACCCUCGUCUGGCAGCGUCGAUCCCGCCUCGCGCGACGAUCCGUCUGCCCGCCUCUCCCGACUAUGCGGAUGCCAUAACACGUCGUUCGCGCGUCUCAGACCGAAACUUGGCAAGUCUACGAAGACGCCUCUUGUUGACACGCGAGGAGUCGAAGCUGUUCGACACGCGGCAGUGGGUGAGGGACCUGGAGAAGGGUUACGCGGAAGCUUGGACGAGGUGGGUGCUGGGUGUGGAUCAGGAGGAUUCGCCGGAAGUGGAAGCCCUGGAUCCAGAGAGUGAGAUGGGCAGGAGGUUGACAAGGUCCGGACACAUUUGGGUGAACGAGCUUUGA